AUGAGUAUUCCAACAAAUACAAAGCCAAUAUUACCUGAAUGUUUUGGCUGUAAAUUAUCAAUAAAUGAUCCAUCAUUUCUCAGUGUUACACCUGGCAUUCAUUGGCAUGAUGAAUGUCUACGUUGUCGAAUUUGUAAACAGAAACUUGAUGAACGUACAACUUGUUUUAUGGAUCGAUAUGGUUUUCCAUAUUGUAAGCAUGAUUAUUCAAGAAGAUUUUAUUAUCAAUGUUUUGCUUGUCAAAAGCAUUUAUUACGUAAUGAUUUAAUUCAACGAGCAAAAUCUAAUGUUUAUCAUGUUGAUUGUUUCCGAUGCGAAGCAUGUCGAAAAUGUUUACAAGCUGGAGAUGAAUUUACACUAAGUGGUGAUAAUCGUAUUUUAUGUCGAAAUGAUUUUGAUUCUUUAACGAAUAAUAAUUCGAAUGAAACAUUAAAAGCACUCGACUGUCCAAAAUUAACAAUUAAUGAACUAGCAAAAGUAAAUCAAAAUAAUGAAACUCCUCUACGAACACACGCUUCAACGCCUAAAAAGAAAUCAUCAAGAAUAAGUACACACAAUAAAAUACAUGCAUCUAUUGACGAUAUGGAUUCAAACGAUGAACGACAUAAAUCAACCGAUGAUUCAUCGUCAUUGUCUCCGAAUGGUUCAUCAUCACAACAAUUAAAUUUAGGUACUAAUAGUAAUAAUCAUAAUAAUAAUAAUAGUGCCGAAAGACGGCCACGUCGAGAUAAACAACAACGUGUUCGAACUGUACUAACUGAAAAACAAUUACAUUUACUCAAAUCAUGUUAUGCUUAUAAUGCACGUCCGGAUGCUCUUCUAAAAGAACAACUAGCAGAAAUGACAGAAUUAAGUCCAAGAGUGAUUCGAGUUUGGUUUCAAAAUAAACGAUGUAAAGAUAAGAAAAAAACUGCUGCUCAACAAUCAAGAUUUCCUGGCGAUCCAAAACGUCAUCGUCUUGAUAUUCCACCAAUGCCACCGCUUGGUCCCAACGGUGAAUCAUUUCUUCUCGGACAUCCUAUGAAUGUUCUAUCACCAUGUAAUAGUCAAGGCGGUGGUCAAUCAACAGUAAAUGGUACUAAUAAUAUGUACGAAGGCGGACCGCUACAACCACUACAGCCAAUCGGCUCAGUAAAUACGAAUGGACCUUUUCUAAAUACACGCGAUGGAAUGAUGUAUUCAUUAUCGUCAUCUCCACCAUCGAAUAGUGAUGAUUCAUAUGUAAUGGGUCCACAUGGACCUCUACAAGCAAUGUCAUGCCCUAGUGAAUGGAUUGAACACCAUCCUCCACAAGGUAAUGACUAUCACGCAACAAUGCCAAUGUUUCAUCCGGUUAAUAUCAAUGAAGAAGAACUCGACGAUCAAGAUAUGAUGAUGCCUGUAGAAGACGAUAGUCUAGACCAAACAAAUUCGGAUUUUAGCGAUGGUUGA